ACGGCAAUCAGCUUCCUGUACACGAGGCCACAGCUAAGUGGCAGUGACAACCAUGGACAAGUGGAUCCAGUCGUUCACCCAGUCUCUCAUCCAGUUCUUCAGGGCUGAGAUGGAUGCUUACAGGCUGUACACGGUGGUGCCAAAGCUUGUCAAGUUUGUGGACAUGCUGACCAACUGGUACGUGAGGACCAACCGUAGGCGUUUCAAGGGAGAGAGUGGAACAGAGGACUGUCUGGGGGCUCUGGAGAAUCUCUUCAGUGUUCUGUUCUCCAUGUGCAGACUGAUGGCUCCCUUCACCCCCUUUAUAAGAGAUGAUGUAUCAGAACCUGCGCACCUGAUCGACCCGCCUUCUGUAUGA